CGUUGCUCACUGUUCAAAUCCCCGCAAUCAGCUACGAUAUGAGGUGUACAUCCUCUGUCUAGCGGAGGUAGGGUGGGAAAGAGGGGGGGAAGAGAGGAGCGGUCUGCCUACACUGAAGCAUCAUGGCACCCAUCGGACUGAAGGCGGUGGUCGGAGAAAAGAUUAUGAAUGAAGUCAUCAAGAAGGUGAAAAAGAAGGGGGAAUGGAAGGUUCUAAUAGUGGAUCAGCUCAGCAUGAGGAUGCUUUCGUCUUGCUGCAAGAUGACAGACAUCAUGACAGAGGGCAUCACCAUUGUUGAAGACAUUAAAAAACGGCGUGAGCCACUGCCCAGUCUGGAGGCAAUUUAUCUCAUCACUCCAUCUGAUGAGUCUGUGCAGGCACUGAUCUCAGACUUCAGAGACCCACAGUCACCCCAAUACCGAGGGGCCCACGUCUUCUUCACUGACUCAUGUCCGGACCCCCUAUUCAAGGACUUGGUGAAGUCCCGUGCCGCCAAAACCAUCAAGACAUUGACCGAGAUCAACAUCGCCUUCCUGCCCUAUGAGUCACAGGUGUACUCCCUGGACAGCGCAGAUGUCUUCCAGAGCUUCUACAGCCCCUACAAGGCCCAGGAGAAGAACCCGGCCAUGGAGCGGCUGGCGGAGCAGCUGGCCACGUUGUGCGCCACCCUGAAGGAGUACCCUGCCGUGCGGUACCGCGGUGAGUACAAGGACAAUGCAACUUUGGCUCAGUUGCUCCAGGACAAGCUGGAUGCAUACAAGGCUGAUGAUCCCACCAUGGGAGAGGGUCCAGACAAGGCGCGCUCUCAGCUGAUCAUCCUGGACCGGGCAUUCGACCCGGUGUCCCCCAUCCUGCACGAGCUCACGUUCCAGGCCAUGGGCUACGACCUGCUGCCCAUCGAGAACGACGUCUACAAGUAUGAGACCAGCGGAAUGGGAGAUUCCCGGGAGAAGGAGGUUCUGCUGGAUGAGGACGAUGACCUCUGGAUGACCCUGCGACACAAGCACAUCGCAGAAGUGUCCCAGGCUGUGACUCGCUCCCUGAAGGAGUUCUCUGCCAGCAAAAGGAUGACAACUGGAGAUAAAACUACCAUGAGAGACCUGUCUCAGAUGCUGAAGAAGAUGCCUCAGUAUCAGAAAGAGCUCAGCAAGUACUCCACCCACCUCCACCUAGCGGAGGACUGCAUGAAGCACUACCAGGGCACUGUGGACAAGCUGUGCCGUGUUGAGCAGGACCUCGCCAUGGGCACAGACGCCGAGGGCGAGAAGAUCAAGGACCCCAUGAGGGCCAUCGUCCCCAUCCUGCUGGACCCCAACGUCACCACCCACGACAAGAUCCGCAUCAUCCUGCUCUACAUCUUCCUGAAGAACGGGAUCACAGAGGAGAAUCUGAACAAGCUGAUCCAGCAUGCGCAGAUCCCCCCAGAGGAGAGUGAGAUCAUCACUAACAUGGCUCACCUGGGAGUGCCCAUCAUCUCAGACUCCACCCUGCGUCGUGGUAAGAAACAGGACCGUAAGGAGCGUGUCAGCGAGCAGACUUACCAGCUCUCCCGAUGGACCCCGCUGGUCAAGGACAUUAUGGAGGAUGCCAUUGAGGACAAACUGGACACCAAACAAUACCCCUACAUCUCAACACGGUCCUCCGCCUCCUUCAGCACCACAGCUGUCAGUGCCCGCUAUGGCCACUGGCACAAGAACAAAACCCCCGGGGAGUACCGCACGGGACCCAGAAUCAUGGUCUUCAUCAUCGGAGGCGUGUCCUUCAGCGAGAUGCGCUGUGCCUAUGAGGUCACCCAGGCCAACGGCAAAUGGGAGGCCAUCAUUGGUUCUACCCACACGCUCACCCCCGUCAAAUAUCUAAAGGACCUGCAGCACCCCGACUUCCGGGAUCCCAAUAGGGAAUCCUUUGAGGAAGAACCGGAACCAGCAGAGGACUGAGGGGGAGAGAGAGAGAGAGAGAAUAAACACUGAUAAAGGUCAACCCACGUCUUCACCCCCACCCGCCUUCUCAACGCCCUCAAGGACAUGAAUAAACCAGAGGAGGAGCCCGCCAGCUAAAGAUCAACUACCCUCCACCCUCUUUUCCGCUCGUCUCCCCCUCUCCUCUUCCUUCCUUCCUUCCUUCCCCCAUCCAUCAGUGAACCUCUCCUUCCUCUGUAUUGAACGUGUACGCAUAUCGAUAAAGAAAAACGUAAAACACCAAUUAGAAAACAAAGUUAAAAGAUUAAUUAUCGCUGAUAGUUGUUUCGCAAUUGACGCAAAUGAGUUUUUAAGAGUUAUAUCAUUGAAAAAAGCCACUGGAAGUUCCAAACAAGAUUGUAUGCUUUAUGCAAGCCUCCUUGAUUUCUUUGCUUUCCUUCGGUUAUUUUAAUGGUGUAAACGAUUUUGUAAUCAGGCAAAGGAGGGAGGCGUCCAUGGUGAUCGUGCUGGAAAAGCUCGUACGCAGAGCGCAGACUGUAAAGCGCUGUAACGUUUGGACACAAUGUCCGUUUUAGACGCAGUGUCUUGUGAAAAACCCGGGAGACGUCAACAGCAAUUACGAUUAAGUGUUUGAUUCGACACUGCCAUUCAUCUUAGGAAAAAGAUGUCCUAAACAGGACACACGCGUAACCCAAACAUCUGAGUUAAAGGGACCAAGACCAUUCGAAUGGAAUGUCAGUAUCUAGCUUUCGGACGGGGAAAGAGAUACUGAAAAGUAGUUUACAGAUUUUCCAUAGCACGGCAAAUGCCGUCCGAUCUUGACGUUUUGCGAGCGGGGGUUCACUGAACGCGCAUGUGGUUCAGAAGAGAAUUCACGUUUUUGUGUCAGGAAAGAUUGUUUGUUGGGAACUUUAUAAAGAAUGUUGUACAAAAAAGGCCAGUUUUAUGUCAGUAUUGUAGUCUGUGAAAUAAAGUUUUAUCAUUGGUUCUUAUUAACAUGUAAUCCUCCUACUGUGCACUGAGUCCCGUGUUGUGUAUAUGCCAUGUUUUUUUGUGACUCGCUGAUUCUAGUGAUAUUUCUGACUGUGAAAAUAGUUCCCAUUUUGACAUGCCCGUAUGAAGCCACUGUGAUUGUGAUGUCAUAGUUGUAGCCAUAGUGAUUAAAUGAGAAAAAUAUGCAGAUUCUACUAGCUUGUUUCUCACCUGGUGCAGCGUAAAAUUCCAGUGGUGAAAAAAGGCUAAUUUAAAAAAAAAAAAAAAAAAUCACAACUGUAGGUCUUUUCCCCUCUUGGUUUCAGUUUAGUAAUUUUCCCCUAAUUCAGUCACACCUUUUUCUUGGGCAAAACUGUAUAUUGCACUAUGUCAUUGUCAUGCUUUUUUUUGUUUCUUUGUCAUUAUCUAGCAAUUGCAGUCUUGAUUUCUAUUAAAGUUAUUUAUCAGAGUGAAAAUGUUAAUAAACUGAAUUGGUCUUAAAACCA